AUGAAGAACACACCUAGUCCUCAUAAUCUGCACUCAAACAGAAGAAAACCAAUUCCCAAUUUCCAAUAUGAAGAUGCCAACAACAACAAACCCAAGCACCAGAGAUUUGCUGCCCUGAAGGCUGCUGUGAAGAAAGUUGCUGGCGUUUUUAAAAUUCUUCUUUUUGGACAAAGAGAGGCCAUCCCAAAAGGUGCUGCUGUGAUUGAUGCAAGAAGAACUAAUACCCGAAUCAGCGGGAUUUCCUCUUCAACUGAUAUUUCAACAGGAAGUGACACUAAGAGUAAGAGCUUAUCAAAGUUUAAGCUCUCUCAGUCCAAUAGUUCUUCAAGUGCUCUGAGUGGAGUAAUUGAGACGAAGAAUUUUUCUUACGAAGAGAUUUUCAAAGCAACCGAAAAAUUCUCUCCCGCGAAUAAGAUUGGUGAGGGUGCAUUUGGAACAGUGUACAAGGGAAGGCUUGGAGAUGGAUCUCUUGUUGCUGUAAAGCGUGCCAAGAAGGCCACAUAUGACAAGCUCAUAGCAUUGGAGUUCAAGAAUGAGAUACUUACCUUGUCCAUGAUUGAACAUCUGAAUUUGGUAAGGUUAUAUGGAUAUUUGGAGCAUGGAGACGAGCGGAUUAUAGUGGUUGAAUAUGUUGGCAAUGGAACGCUUCGGGAACAUCUGGAUGGUUCACUGGGAAAUGGACUUGAAGCCGGAGAACGUUUGGACAUUGCUAUUGAUGUGGCUCAUGCAAUUACCUAUCUUCACAUGUAUACAGAUCCUCCGAUAAUCCACCGAGACAUAAAAUCAUUAAACAUCCUCAUCACAGAGAAAUUUCGGGCUAAAGUGGCCGACUUUGGGUUUGCACGAUUGUCAGCAGACCCCAAUGCAACUCACAUUUCAACUCAAAUAAAAGGAACAGCAGGAUACUUGGAUCCCGAGUACCUGAAGACUUAUCAACUCACUGAAAAGAGUGAUGUUUAUUCCUUUGGUGUCUUGCUUGUAGAACUGAUGACAGGAAGACGGCCCAUCGAACCACAAAAGCCAGCCAAUGAAAGAUUAACAACAAGAUGGGCAAUGCAAAUGUUGAAACGAGGAGACGCCAUACUUGUCAUGGAUCCAAAGCUACGGAGAAAUCCAGCAUCAACCAUGGCGUUGGAGAAAAUUCUCAUGCUAGCUAAGCAAUGCCUUGCACCUUUAAGACAGUCAAGACCCUCCAUGCAAAAAUGUGCUGAAAUCUUAUGGGGAAUUCGCAAAGACUUCAGAGAAAAAGCCCUCUCUCCUUCUUCUACACCUCACUACUCUGCCAAUUUUCCUGUGAGAGAUGCAAAGAAGACUCGGCAGACAUCAUUUGGGAUUGAAGAUGGCGAUAGCUAUAAGUUUAUCUCUGCCUAG